AAACCCUUCCCCCUUUCCUUUCCUGCUUCUCUUAUCAUCUUCAUUCUCUUCAACACCUUGCAGCUGUAUUUUCAUUACUCCCUGUGGCUGUUUCAUUAUCGCUCUUAUAAUCGCAAUACAAAACACGAAUACAUCAUUCUCUGAUUUUGUUUACGUCUUCUUUCUUUUCUUCCUUGAUAGAGGUUUCGUUUCUAGGGUUUCUCAGAGAAGUAGAAGAAAAUGGCAGCAUCAACUGCUCAGAUUCAUGUUCUAGGAGGGUCUGCUGCUUUUUCUUCCACUUCGAAGCGUCAUAAUGGAAAUUCUCCGAGGACUGUGUUCCUCGGUCAGGGAAUAAAAGGCGGCGCGGCUCCCUCUCGUACGCUGAAGAUGAAGACAAAAUCCUCCAGCAAGGGCAACCCCAUGAGAAUUGUGGCAGAAAAGGUCGUGGGUAUAGAUCUGGGGACGACGAAUUCAGCUGUGGCGGCUAUGGAAGGAGGUAAACCGGUGAUUGUUACGAACUCCGAGGGGCAAAGGACUACUCCAUCGGUGGUGGCGUACACCAAGGUUGGGGAUCUUCUUGUUGGGCAGAUUGCGAAACGACAGGCUGUGGUUAAUUCCCAGAACACGUUCUUCUCUGUCAAGAGGUUCAUUGGGCGCAAGAUGUCGGAGGUUGAUGAGGAGGCCAAACAGGUCUCUUAUACUGUUGUGCGCGACGAGAAUGGAAAUGUGAAGCUCGAAUGUCCGGCGAUGGGCAAGCAGUUUGCUGCCGAGGAAAUUUCUGCUCAGGUUUUGAGGAAGCUGGUAGAUGAUGCUUCAAAGUUUUUGAAUGAUAAAGUUACAAAAGCUGUGGUGACAGUGCCUGCUUACUUUAAUGAUUCCCAGAGGACAGCAACUAAGGAUGCUGGUCGAAUAGCUGGUCUUGAGGUUCUAAGGAUCAUAAAUGAACCAACGGCUGCAUCAUUGGCAUAUGGUUUUGAAAAGAAGAGCAACGAAACAAUUUUAGUGUUUGACCUUGGAGGUGGUACCUUUGAUGUUUCAGUUCUUGAGGUUGGAGAUGGGGUGUUUGAAGUUCUUUCUACAUCGGGUGAUACUCAUCUUGGUGGGGAUGAUUUCGACAAGAGAAUUGUGGAUUGGAUGGCUGCUAAUUUUAAGAAGGAUGAAGGUAUAGAUUUAUUGAAGGACAAGCAAGCUCUUCAGCGUCUAACUGAGACAGCAGAGAAGGCGAAAAUGGAAUUAUCAUCUUUGACCCAGACAAACAUUAGUUUGCCUUUCAUCACAGCUACUGCUGAUGGACCCAAACACAUUGAAACUACUCUUACAAGAGCAAAGUUUGAAGAACUGUGCUCAGAUUUGCUUGACAGGUUAAAAAGACCUGUUGAAAACUCAUUGAGAGAUGCAAAGCUCUCGUUCAGUGAUCUGGAUGAAGUGAUAUUGGUUGGCGGAUCAACAAGGAUUCCUGCUGUUCAGGAACUAGUCAAGAGAUUGACUGGCAAGGAGCCUAAUGUCUCUGUAAAUCCUGAUGAAGUGGUGGCUCUAGGUGCUGCUGUUCAGGCUGGUGUUUUGUCUGGAGAUGUGAGCAAUAUUGUUCUUCUUGAUGUAAUACCUUUGUCCUUGGGUUUGGAAACACUUGGUGGUGUGAUGACUAAAAUCAUCCCAAGAAAUACAACUUUGCCCACAUCAAAGUCAGAGGUUUUCUCAACAGCAGCCGAUGGACAGACCAGUGUAGAGAUUAAUGUCCUCCAAGGUGAAAGAGAGUUUGUUAGGGACAACAAGUCUAUUGGAAGCUUCCGUCUGGAUGGAAUUCCCCCAGCUCCUCGUGGAGUUCCUCAAAUUGAAGUCAAAUUUGACAUUGAUGCAAAUGGUAUUCUCUCUGUUGCUGCAAUUGAUAAGGGCACAGGGAAGAAGCAAGAUAUUACCAUUACUGGUGCUAGCACAUUGCCAAAUGAUGAGGUAGAAAGAAUGGUGCAAGAAGCUGAAAAGUAUGCAAAGGAAGACAAGGAAAAGAGAGAUGCUAUAGACACAAAGAACCAAGCAGAUUCUGUGGUGUAUCAGACAGAAAAGCAGCUUAAAGAAUUAGGAGAGAAGGUUCCAGGUCCAGUGAAGGAGAAGGUGGAGGCAAAACUGUCUGAGUUGAAGGAUGCUAUAUCUGGCGGUUCUACACAGGGCAUGAAGGAUGCCAUUACUGCACUUAACCAGGAGGUAAUGCAGCUCGGCCAGUCCCUCUAUAACCAACCAGGAGCAGCAGCAUCACCAGGAGAUGGCCCGGGCCCCUCCGAGACAUCUAACAAGGGAGGACCAGAAGGUGAUGUGAUCGAUGCAGACUUCACCGACAACAACAAUUGAUUCAUCAAUUUAUGUGCAUACUAAUUCAUUUUUAGGAAGGAUUUUCAGAUGUUUGGAUGAUUAUUAUGCCUUUAUCUUUUCCUAGUUUUAUUCCUGCAAAACUAUUCCAUCAGGUUAUAUGCUCUACUUUUUGGUGCAGAAAUUCGGUUUGCCUAUAUUUGUGUAGGAGAUUUUGUUGUUUUAAGCAAAACUUUUAAUAAUGAUUACCUAUAUUUAUUU